GCUGUGCUUCACCUCAUGGCAGUACUCUGUCAUAUAAAAUUGUGUCAUCAUUCCAACAAACCCAGUAAUAAGCCAGUGUCUGUGCUGCUGUUCUAUAAGACUUGGUGGACACACUUACUCAUCAGGGGGCAACAUUAUUCAGCGAAUUCUCCAGACCUGACCUCUGCGAUGUCGGCUAUUCUGCACAAGGACAAGGACAAGGAAGUCCCGGACAUCGAGUUGGAGGACCUCGACGAUCUCCUGACUCAGCUCACAACCGAGGAGUUGGAGGAACUCAACGGAGACUUUGACCCCGAUAACUCCCUGCUGCCCCCUGGCCUGAGAUGCAGGGACCAGACGUCGAAGGAGCCGACUGGACCCUUCAACCGCCAGAAGCUGCUCAAGUUCAUCGAGAACCAGGCCAAGCAGGAGAAGGACUGGGAGCAGAACAAGAGCUAUGUGAAGGAGACCCGAGGCAAAGUGUUCAAGAAGAAGGAGGAGGAGAAGCCAAAGAAGAGCAACGAUGAUGGUGACUUCAACAUUGACACAGAGUGGGACGACAUCCUUACGGAGGCUUCAGAGGAGGAGUUGGUAGACCUGGCCGCUGUUCUGGGCUUCCACAGUAUGCUGACCCAGACUCAGUACUACGCCUCCUUGCAGGACGAAAAGAUCAGUGAGGGCGGCUUCACAGGUCAUGCUCGAGCCCAGCAGUUCAAGGCCGUCCCGGACGAGCCCUUGAAUGACACCGACAUUGAGAAGAGCAUAGAGCAGCUGAAGAGCAAUGAUGCCAAGCUUAUACACCUUAACCUCAAUAAUAUCAAGAAUCUCUCCAUCGAGCAGUUACUUAAUGUAUGCGAGGCCCUGAAAACAAACAAUACACUGAAGAUCUUCGAGAUGGCAGGUGUGGCAGCCACCGACAAAGUAGCCAAGAAAUUAGCAGAAGCACUGUCCGAGAACAAAACACUGCGGACAGUGAAUGUGGAAUCCAACUACAUCAGCGGGGAGUGUUUGGUGGGGCUGAUGCGGGCAAUCAACACCAACCAGGUCGUCACAGAGUUGAGAGUCGCCAACCAGAAACCUGAGCUGCUUGGCAACCAGGUGGAGAUGAACCUGUUGAAGCUGAUCCUGGCGAACAACACCCUACUUCGGUUUGGUCUAACCUUUGAGUUCCCUGACCCCAGGUUUCGGGUCAUAGACAAGUUGAAGACCAACUAUGAUGCCUUACGUAAGAAACGUGCCGGAAAGGAAUGAAGCCCUCACCGGCCUGAACACCCAGAGGGUGUCAUUGACCAGAACCUAAAAGAAAUUGGCUAUUCAGAUAGACUCUUGAAGAAAAGAAUUACAAAGUCAAGUUUCUUCACAACAGUUCCUGACCACACUAUUACAGGAAUGUUCAGACUUUAUGUAAUGCUUCGUAGAUUGUGUGCGACCAUGCUUGCAUUGUGCAGAGUUCCCUCCCUUGGAUGAUUUUCUGGAGUAACCUCCCAUUGAACAUUGUUGAAGAAGGAUUCUGUGAGGAUUUCUUUAUUCAUAUUACCUGCUGCCUACUUUAUUUAUUUGCUUCAUUAGUUUCUGUAUAGGGCAUAGAUUUGUAGAUAUCAUUUUUCAUUUAUACAUGCUAAUGCUGAGCCAUUGCCAUGCUAUGUGUAUUACAAUAAGGUUAUGUCUUGAGUUUGAACAAGACCUUGUUAAACCAGAAGAAAGAUGUUCUGUAUUUGAAGAUCAUGAUUUUCGGCCUUUAUUUAUGAAGUCACACUCUAAAUAAUCUAAUAUUCAAACUUACUGAUAUUCCUGGGAAUUUGUUUAAUCUCAGAUAGGCAUGGAUCAGGCUGUUUUUAGUAUUUAGCAGCAGUGAUGACAAUGUGAUAGCGACUUUGAUUUAACCCUGACCAAUGCCGUGUGUGGUACAGCUGAUGAGCGCUGUGGUCAUUUCAAUAUCUGUACAUAGAUAUUACAUAUAUUAAGCUUUUACAAUUGUUGCAUAGGAUGUCGUUUGAACCAAAUUGUUUUUUUAAACUUUGUUUACUUAUUAGAAAAUAACAUUCUAAUCAUGCUAAUGAUACUAUUCUCAACCAGAGGUUCAGCAUGUUUUAUUAUUUACAAUUUUAAUGUUAUUUGACGAUUUCUAGUAAUGAUUUACUCAAUUGCGUGUACACAGAUAAAACAAAUGUGUAACUAUUUUUAAAAUUAUACAUUUGUGAUUAAAUGUUGGUUACAGAAAUGAAUACUUUUUGUACACAGAGUUAUGUGUAUGUGUGCAUCCAACCACUUUAACACCCAACUGUUUCCUCGCAAGGGCUACAGGUCAUAAUGUAUUUUACAUGAUGCAUGCUUAUUGCCUGUCCAAACCACUUGUAUUGGUGUAUACAAAGCUUCAGACAGCCCAUGUCAUUGAUGUGUCAGUGUGUUUGAAGUGUCUGGCUGCCUUCGGCGUGGGCAGGUCUGGGGAGAGCAGUACAGUUACGUGCAAUGCAUGAUGACAGACUACAAUAGGCAUAAUUGAUGAACUUUCUCAACUUUUUAUAUAUUUUAUAAAUAAAUUUCAUAUGAAUCCAACCAUGACACCAAGCAUACGUUUUCAGUUCUUUCUUUUUCAAAAUUCAUGUCAAAAUUAUGAGGUUAUUCACUGUUAAGGAAAUGUAGUGAGGUGUGGCACUGCCUAAUGUACUGUACAUGUGCUGGCGGACUGUGGUGUUGAAGGCGGGGCAGGGCCUGCCCACACCAGCUCACCAUCAGGGUUCUUAGUGCAAUGGAUAGUGCAAUCAACACAAGUUGAACAGUAAAUACGCAGUUUUCAUAUUGACUCUACAUUAUUAAGCUGUCUUUGGUCUGUGAGUUAAGUAUCUCUAUAUUCAUUCAUGUUUUCUCUGUGAUGAAGAAACAGUUAUGUACUGUUAGGUUUUCUCAUUCUUGCUCUUUUUACGCUUGGCAUAUCUGUAUUACCUUCAUGAAAAACAAUGUUGCUUAACAUUUCUGGGUAUGUGUUUGGUUUUGAAAGCCAGUAUAUUUAAGAAGAUAUGUAGACAGCACUGACUUUCCAGAGUAGCAUGUUGGUGCCACCAUUUUGGAAACAUCUCCAGAAGUUGUGUGGCUGUGGAAUGUGUGGUCACAGAGUUUAGCAAAUGUGCAGGUUGCCACUUCACUGUAGCAAGAACUGGCCUUGCAGAGAUCUCGGGUUCUGAUGAUGAAUAUUUAGUAUUAGAUCACUCCGCCCUUCACUUGCUGUCUUCACCAUUAUCAUUUCUUCAUUAAACCAUGUUAUAUCCAUACUCAGGGCCUUCCAGUUAAGUGUACAGGCCCAGAUCAAGAGUAUUGACUGAUGUUUCUUACCUAUUGUAGACAUGCUUUCUUCUUUUAGAAUCUCAAAACCAUUUCUGUAGAAGUAUGAUUUUAAGAAAACAAAAGACUUAAGGCUUACAAUGAUUAUUUCUGGCUGUCAAUUGUAGAAUGUGCUUCAUAUGGCAAUGUUGGAGACUGUCAGUUUGUCGUGGCCAAAGUCAGUCUGAGUUAUCUGCCCUUGUCAGUUGACAUAGGGGAACAUUGCUUUUUGUUUUUUGGCCUGGAGCUGGGAGUUAUAACAAUCAUAGAAUGACUAUUGACACAAAAAAAUCAUUCUACAAUUUGGUAUCUCAAAUUGCUUGUUGAAAGACACUGUGGAAUGAGGCUACUCUUCCAACCAAACACCUGUGGAAAAAAGGUUUGCCUGAAAUAUAUGUGACUGUUUUUUGAAUGGCAUGCGGAAGAUGGCCAAGAUGGUUGUUACCUGCACCCUGAGUGUGGUGUCCAAUGCAUCUCAAGUCUACAUAUGCUAGAAGUCUUUUUGUUUUCUUGCCAAUGGUUGUGCUGAAUGUAAAGUACCUUCUACAGUAUGCAUCUAACUGGUAAUAAACAGUACAUCCCGUAGAA